AUGGAGUCCUACAAAGUCAGUGGCUUGCCCAGCUCAGGGCUCCAGCAGGGCUAUGCUCCACACGCCCGUGCACGAGGCCAGAACAGCACCUACGGCCUCAGCAUCAGGGUCCAAGGCAUAGAUGGGCACCCCUACGUGAUUCUGAAUAACCAGGACAGGGGCUCCGAUCCUUACGCAGGGCCCAGCCAGAAUAAUGGGUUCGCUGACUCUGAAGGGUCCUUCAUUGAUAACUAUCGGGAGUAUGACUUCAGAGGAGCCAGGGAAAGCAUCUCUGAUAAUCCAUUUGCGGAAUACCGAGCCAUCAAUCAGAAAGAACACGGAGGCCCUCACAACGGUGUCUCGGAGCCCACAAAGACAGAGCCAAAUAAGAAUUCCGCUCUGCUAAAUUUCCAGAAGCAUCCUGAGAUCCUCAAGCCUUACGACCCAGAGAACAACACCCUUGACAGUUUCCGUGCUGCCCCGCCUCAAGCUCUCUCAGAGACUAGAGGUCUCCAUCCUGGGUCCCUGCCCAGGGCAGCUGCCAUGGCUGUGGCCAGAUCCCCUAGUCCUGACCAUCCCGAAGUGUCUUAUCCACCAACACAGGAUGAGAGGAAGCAGACCCGUCCACGGUCCAUUCCUGAGACGUUCCCAUCUAAAGCCCAGCAGCAGACACAACCUCUAGCCAAAUCUCAAACCCAAGCUCCAACCAUGGUCAAGGCCCAACCUCAGCCCAGAGUAAAGUCUUCAUCCCUUCCCCAGGCUGCACCUCAACCCCCUUCCCAGCCUGCCCAGCGGCAGCCAGUUCCUCAGGCCUCUUUGGCCUCUGACCACUGCCUCCGUCGCACAUCUAGCUCCACGAGCAGCGCAAACUCUAGCUUGGAACGCGUCCGCCGUGAGCCUGACGUUCUUCCGCUGCACAGGAGCAAUUCCAGUGGGCCCGCGCUGCAGUUCUUGCGCUCGCGCCACUCUUCCACAUCCUCGACCACACCCACCAAGGAGGAGCAGUUGGAAGCCCUGUACGCCGACAGCAUCAACCGCCAUGACAACCGCCGCUACAUCCCCUUCAUGCCGGGGACCGGACGGGACAUCGACACGGGCCCAAUACCGGGUGUGGACGAACUCAUCAGUAAGUUCGGCGGCAAGGAGAACCAGCCAAGGAGGGGGCGGGCAGGCCGGCGGAACCGCAUCAACCCAGAGGACCGCAAGCGGUCACGCAGCGUGGACAGCGCCUUGCCCUUUGGCCUGGAGGGGGACGCCGACUACCUGGACGAGGUGAGCCGCCACCGUGGCAGGUCCAGCGAGCGGCUGCUCCGGCCUUCUCAGCUCUUGCAGAAGUCACCCGUCUCCACGCCUGGGCCCGGGCCCUUCGGGCGCUGGUUCAGAGACACCAGCAGCGCUCCUGGGUCGCCACAGGGGACGGUGUCCAGGACGCCAGUUUCCACUGCGGCCGGCAAGAAGCCCCCAAGUCAGCCCUCUGUUCUGCCUGCUGAGAUCAAGAGCCCAGCGAUGGAGAUGGCGGCACCCGGCACCAAGAUCCUAACAAGCGUGGCCACCGCAUACCUGUCCAGACCUGCUUCGAAUUGCAGCCAUAAGAAAAAGAGUUCAGAAAUGGACGCUGAGGUGAGAAAGACAACACCUGAUCUUCUGAAAGGUCAACAAGAGCUGUCACAACAAACACAUGAGGAAACUGCCAAACAGAUCUUGUUCAAUUACCUCAGAGAUGGGAGCAAUGAUAGUGACGACACCACCAAACGGAAAGUCAACCUGGUGUUUGAAAAAAUCCAGACUCUGAAGUCUCGGGCGGCAGGAGGCUCAGCAGGUGACAGCCAGUCCCCAGACUUCACCGCCCAGGCCAAAGCACUCCAGGAACAGAAGGCAGAGCUGGAUAAGGAGGUUUCUCAGCUCAAAAGUCAGCUGGAGGAAGAGAGCAAGAAACAGCGGGGCCUGACUGAGGCGCAGGUGAAGGCCAGCACCCGUGUGAAGGACCUGCAGAAGGAGCUGGAGCUGAGCCAGGCAGAGUGUAGGACUCUGCGGGACAAACUGGCCAAGACGGAGGCUGACCUUCGUACCACACUGGAGGAGCUCUUUCAGGUAAAGAUGGAGAGGGAGCAGUAUCAGACUGAGAUUCGAGACCUGCAGGACCAGCUCUCGGAGAUGCACGAUGAGUUGGACGGAGCCAAGCAUUCUCAGCCGGACCCAGAGAAGAAGUCCAUGAUGGAGGACCUGAUGCAGCUGAAGCUGGACAUGCAGGAGGUGCUGCUGGUCAAAGAGGAGCAGGAGGAGGUGCUGCGGAGGCGGGAACGGGAGCUGACCGCUUUGAAAGGCGCUCUGAAGGAGGAGGUGUCCACGCACGACCAGGAGGUGGACAUGCUAAAGGAAGAGUAUGAAAAGGAGCUUCACACACUACGCGCGUCAGUGGAAGAAGCGAAGCAGAGUAACGCAUCAGUGUGUAAGGGGAAAGUGGAGGCAGAGGUGGCGAGGGGUGCAGCGGAGGGCCAGGUGGAGCGUCUGUCCCAGGAGCUAGAGCGUCUGAGGAGGAGGGCCCAGGAGCUGGAGCACGAGGUGGCCAAACUGAAUCGCAUCAUUGAUGAAGCCAAGCUCCAGGAGAGCAGGCUGGGAGAGAGAGCCAGUCGCCUAGAGAAAGAGAAGAGGCAGCUGGAGGAGUCACUCGAUGAGGUCCGGGAGCAGGAAGAGGAGAUGACCCGAGCGAACCACGCCCUAACAUCACGCCUGGAGGACGUGCAGAGAAACCUGAGCAGAACAACACAGGAGAACCGUGAGAUGGAGGAGCGUCUGAGGGAGGAGAGGAGUCAGAAGGAGCAGUUUAAGAGCAACAAAAACGAGAUCGAGGAGGAGCGCAAGCUGCUGGACCGCACCGUGGAGAAAUUGCAGAGAGAGAUGAGCGAGAUCGUGGAGGCGUCUCAGAGCUCCACACAGGAGCUGCAGGAGCAGAUCGACAUGUACAAGGAGAGGAACCGCAGAGAGCUGGCCGAGCUCCAGCGACAGCUGAGGGACGGCGGCCUGGAGAUGGAGAAGUGCCGCCUCACCACCAAGUCCCUGCAGGAGGAGCUGGCUCAGCUGGAAGGGGACCUGCGGCAGUGUAAAAAAGAGAGAGAUGAGGCGGAGCUCAGGGUCAAGGCCCUGGAGCAGAAGGUCUUUGAGCUGGAGGUGGAGGCAGACACCAGAAUCCUGAGCAAUGACAAAUCCAAACAGAUGAAGCUCCUGGAGGAUCGGAUCACUCAGCUGGAGCUGGAUCUGGAGGAGGAGAAACAGAGUGGGGACCGCCUGAUGGACCGUGUCGACCGGGGCAGAGAGCAGGUGGAGCAGUUGAGGAACGAGUUACUACAGGAGAGGGCUAGCAAGCAGGAUUUGGAAUGUGACAAGAUUGCCUUGGACAGACAGAAUAAGGAUUUGAAAAGCAGGAUAGCUCAUCUGGAGAGCUCGCAGAAGUCCAGCAAAGAGGGGCAUAUGGCCCAGCUGCAGAGCCGAAUCCAGGAGCUAGAGGAAAGGCUGGAAUCAGAGGAGAGGGACCGUGCUAAUUUGCAGCUAGUGAACCGCAGGUUGGAGCGUAAAGUAAAAGAGAUGAUGAUGCAAAUGGAUGAAGAGCAUCACUCACUCCAGGACCAGAAGGACCAGCUGAACCUGCGUCUGAAGGCCCUAAAGAGGCAGAUGGAUGAAGCGGAGGAGGAGAUCGACCGACUGGAGCACAGCAAGAAGAAACUGCAGCGAGAACUGGAGGAGCAACAGGAAGCCAAUGAGGAACUUCAGAAUCAGCUCAAAGCACUGCGCAAUGAGAUGAGACGCAAGAGCAACUCCGCCCCACUCCUUAACAACCUGGGCGAAGAUGAUGACGAAGAUGACAUCAGCACGGACGGAGAGACGUAUUUCAGCUCGUCCUCCGGAUACAAGCGCUCAAGCAGCCAGGAUGCCAUCAUGUCCACAUUCUCUCUAUGAGCGAUUACAGAGUGAGAAUGAGAAAAGUGGGAGGCAGGGGAGCGAGUGAGCAAGAAGAUGUGGAUGAGAGAGGGAGGGAGGAGGGAGCGAGUGAGUGAGGAUGAGAGAGGGAGGGAGCGAGUGAGUGAGGGCCAGCACCGAGUUGUGGACGCUCAUGGUGAUGCAGUGCUAAACACUAUAUUCCAUCCACCUGCAUUUACGGCACUUGGCCCUACAGACAUGCUGCAGUGGCGAAAUGCCUAUUGGUUCUAAACA